AAGUGCAAUGGAGCCUGUUGAUUCCCCAAGAGAUAUUACUAAAAGAAGCUCUGAACCUCUGAUAAUUUCCAACUCUACAUUGCUCGAUUGUUGCAUGUGUUUUCAACCCUUAAGUAUUCCGGUCUUUCAGUGUGAUAAUGGUCAUAUUGUUUGCUCUACCUGCUGUCCUAAACUUAGGAACAAAUGUCCGAAGUGCUCACUGCCCAUUUGCUCAAAACAUUGUAAAGCCGUUGAGAAUCUAUUGCUAUCUAUCGAAAUGUCAUGUCCAAAUACAAAAUAUGGUUGCGGGGAGAAAAUAAGUUACCUUGGAAAUAGAAAGCAUGAAGAAGAAUGCAUCCAUGAACCAUGUUACUGCCCCCUUUCUGGUUGUGACUUUGUUGCAUCAUCAAAAGUGUUGUCCAACCAUUUCAGCCAUAAACAUAGGGAUUCUCAAAUUAAUUUUUCUUAUGACGACUCCUUUGUUGUCCCCUUGAAGUCAAAUGAUGAAACAAUUGUUCUUCGAGCGAAAGAAGACGGCAAACUAUUUAUUCUCAAUGAUAGUACUAUGAAUUUGGGAAUUGCAAUCAACAUUUGUUGCAUUGGGCCUAAGUCGUUUGAGUUUGAUCAUCAUUAUGAUAUAUUGGCUAGGUCUCACAAAUCUACACUGAAAUUACAGUCAGUUGCGACGAAUGUCCAACGGUUUACGUUAGGAACUCUUUCAUUAGAGUUCCUUAUGAUUCCAAUUGAUUCUUCUAAAUCUCUCAAGCUAGAUGUUUGCAUAAAGUCCCCCAUAAAGCCCCGCAUGAUGCAAAUAUUCAUCAAGACCUUGACGACAAUCACCCUAAACGUUAAGAGUUCAGACACGAUACUUGAUGUGAAGUUGAUGAUUCUUGACGCAGUAGACAUCCCAGUGCAUCAUCAACUACGUCUACUCUUUGCUGGUAGGCUACUAGAUGACAGCCUAACCCUUGCCAAUUGUAACAUUCAAAAUGAGUCAAUCCUCCUUUGCUGGUAG